UUGUGUAUAGAACUCGUGCUCCACUGAGGAUACCGGAAGUGCCUGGAAAGGGACUGUCUGCAUGUCACCUCUAGAGCUGUGAGCAGGGCUCUCCAUCCCAGGCUCGGGUGUUAUUGAAGUUAUUGAAAGGUAGUAAGGUAUAUAAGAUUUCAGUGAUGACAAUGGCAACAUUGUGCAGGAAUGUGAAGAUUUUUCAAGAGCUUCCAGUUCUGCCUAUUCUGUCUCAUGGUGGAAUCCGACAUAAAUUUACCAAGACCCGUUAUCCCGAUGAAGCCUUCCAGCCAAAGCCUGAAGACCAUGAAAAGUAUGGUGGAGAUCCACAGCAACCACAUCAACUGCAUCUUAUAACGCGAAUAAAAUCUGGGCUUGGGCGACCACACUGGGAGAAAGAAACCUUGAAAGCUCUUGGUCUGAUUAAGGCUCAUCAACCAGUUGUGCACAAAAAUAUUCCUGCAGUCAACGAAAAGCUUAAAAUUAUCAAGCAUUUGAUCAGAGUUCAACCACUGAAACUGCCUCACGGCAUUCCAACAGAAGAUGAUAUAUCAGACACUUACCUGAAGAGCAAUGGGGAGUUGGUGAUUAGAAAGAAGCUGCAAGCAAUUGAGACUAAAUCAAUUGAAUCAUAAAGCUUCAUUCGAAAAGCAUGUGAUGGGCAAUGCCAUAUUUAUUGAAGGAAACCAGGAAAUCAUCCAAAAAUACUAAUUACAUGUUGUGUAUUGCACAUUGGUGCAUUCAGAAGAUGUUGGUAUAUAAUACUCUUAUGUGUGUGUACUUUGUAAAAUAAAUUACAUAUUUUGUAUAAA